GCCCCAAACCUCGCCUUUAGUCCUCUAGUUCGAUCCGAUGGCCCAGCACUUGGCAUUUUUGUUCAUCUCCUUUACGCUCCACUUGACUCUGUGCAGCGUGGGGCAGCCGGUCUAUUACAUGAGGUGACACAGACACGCGAGGGCCUUGAUUCUUUGGUUUGUCUCUCGGCCGGGGCUCAACGCAGACUGGCUGAGUUGGCGCGAACAGCUCGCUCUGAGGCAGUCGCUACCUAUGCCUCGGCAGUGCUUAUUCGGUUGGCCGACUGGUCGGUCACUUCGACUGCUAAUGCAAGC